AUGCAAGGUAGUUGCGGUCAUCGUGUUCAGCCUACAGGCAACCCAGGGCAAUUCCGACCAGCGGACGAUGCUUUGCGGUCCUGCCAUAUUGCCUACCUGCCAGUCUCUAACCACGGGUGCGACGCGCCUCCGAACACCAUAAUGCCUGCUUGUCUGCUAAUUUUCUCAGCCAGCAGGGUGUCGUGGUUGCGGUUGACACCUGUCCGUUUCUACUACCAGAAGUACUAUGCGGUCCUGGUCAUCGCUCUGCCUGCCUGCCAGACUACACUACGGGCGGUUCCAGUAAGCGCCAAUUAUUUGAACCUCAUCUGCAAGGAGAGGCAAUAUUACACCGUUCUGCUAUAUACUGCCUGGUCCUCGUUCCUGCGGGAAAGGCCGUGCGGUCCGGUCAUCGUAUUGCCUGCCCCACCAGUUUUUCAACAAGCACGGGCACAACGUCGUGUGCUCAGAAAAGUAACUGGCUCGUCUUCACCUCGGCCGGUGGUGCUAGGGGUCAUCGGACUAGCCUGCCUUCUCAGCAGGCUGAACGGCGUGUUCCUGCUCUACGACUCAUCCAUUGCCUGCCGGUCGGGCUUCUCAGCGAGCACUGCGGCGCGGUUCCGGUCAGCACCCCAUGGCUGGUGCUCACCUCUGCUGGAGGUGGUAGCGGUCAUCGUCCUGCCAGCCUGUUCAGCAGGC